UCUCGGUAGAAGAUUAUGUGUCCGAUAAGAGCCCGAUUAUGCCUUUCAAACAAGUCUAUUCACGUCGCAAGAAGAAUGGGUCCGAUUCCAACCCGAUAUUGAUGACCAAAACCGAAUGGCAAACAAGUUUGAGCGAGUUAGUCGAGGAGGCGAAUGAACUAAAAGGCAUGAAGGAGCAAGUUGUCGACAUGACUACGGCUAUGACUUCGUUAGUCGUGGAGUUCAAAGAUUUCCAAACACAUAUACGAGUGCUAGUAAUGUGGCAGAGGUGA